UUUGUGCAGUUUUUCCGGCAGGCCUCGCCCUAUAUCGAGGGCCACCGGAGCCGCACUUUUGUGCUGGCCAUCCCGGGCGAGGUGGUAGACCAGAAGGAUAUCCUGCACUCGCUGCUGGAGGAUGUGGCAUUGCUGCAUGGCCUCGGCGCCAAGCUUGUCAUUGUGAUUGGGGCGCGGCCGCAGAUCAACAAGGCAAUGCGUGAGAGCGGCGUGGAGCCGCGUUACGAGCACGGCUACCGUGUCACAGAUGCCGCCUCGCUGCAGGCGGCCAUCCGUGCCGCAGGGCAAGCUCGCAUGGAAGUGGAGUCGCGGCUGUCAAAGGCGAGAGCGUUUGGGGCUGGGCUGUGUUCCAUGUUCCUGUGCCAGCAGCAGCAGCAGCACUAUGGGCCCGCACUCACCACUGUGUCUGGCAACUAUGUUGCAGCAAAGCGCAAGGGCGUGGUGGGCGGCGUGGACUACCAGCUGACUGGCGUCGUGCGCUUUGUCCAGGCCGACCCGGUGCGGCGCCAACUGUCGGAGGGCAAUGUGGUGCUCCUCAGCAACCUGGGGUACUCGGCAGCUGGAGAGGUGCUUAAUUGCGAUAUUUACAGUGUGGCUGCCCGCGCUGCCAUUGACCUGGCCGCUGACAAACUCAUAGUGAUGACGACCCAGGAGAGCCAGCCGCUGGACUUGCCCCUAUGGCUGCCGCUAUCGGAUGCAGAAGCGAUGCUUCUGCGCAUGGCGCCCCCUGGGCAGCAUGGCGAGAUGGAGAUGCUGGAGGACGACCUGCAGCGGGCACCUGACCGCCCCACCCCUUCAUCCUCCCCUGUUCCCAUUGCGCCGCUGCCCCACCGGCAUCUUGCAGGGUACGCCAGCGGCAGCGAAAGUGGCAACGGCAGUGGUGCCAGCAACUCCUCCUCCACGGCGGCGCUGGACAUGGACUUUGAUCGCUGGUACGAUCUGGGCCUCCCGCCUCCCCUCUUGGCAGCAUGUGCCGUCUGCCGCUCCGGCGUUAAGCGUGCACACUUGGUGGACGCCCGCAUGGAUGGAGGGCUGCUGCUGGAGCUGUAUUCUCGGGAUGGUGUCGGAUCCAUGAUUUCGACGGACUUCUACGAGGGCAUUCGCAGAGCUGGGAUGCAGGAUCUGGCCUCCAUCCAGGAGCUCCUGCGCCCGCUGGAGGACCGGGGAGUGCUAGUGAAGCGCAGUGAGGAGCAGCUGCUGAGCGAGCUGCCCUACUUCACGGUUUUGGAGCGGGAGUCCAAGGUGCUGGGGUGUGCCGCCAUGAAGCCUUUGGGACGCAACGGCGAGGGCGACGAGGUGGCAGAGCUGGCCGCCUUUUGCGUGCAUCCCUCGUACCGCGGCGGCGGCAAGGGUGACAGCCUGCUGGAGUACCUGGAGUCGGACGCGGCACAGUGCGGCAUCCAGCGGCUGGUGCUGCUGACCACGCGCACUGCCGACUGGUUUGAGCAGCGUGGUUUCAAGCCGGCGGGGGCGGCACACCUCAGCCAGCUGCUGCCGCCUGAGCGGCGGCAGCGCAUCGACCCCCUCCGCAACUCGCAGCUCUACAGCAAG